CAACUACAAACAAGAGAGCCCUGAGCCUGCUUCCCCAUCUUCCUCCUUUCUCACCGUCGCCACUGCCACCAUCGCCGCCGCGGCCACCGUCUUCAACCUCCGACCAGUAGCCGGUGCGCUAUAGUAUUCGAAUCUCAUUCAUUCGUUUAUGUUGUCCUGUUUUACUUUGACUAAACCACCAUAGCUUAAGAAACCAAGUGUGCCGUAGCUCGAUCAUAAAUAUACUGGAAGAGGCAUCUAGAUUGUAUACAGAUUGAAUGGCUUAUAUGCAAUACGGUAGGAAUAUCAUCCGCCAGAUUAAAGCUGUCAAAGACCCAACCUCCCUUUUUCAGAGCUCCGAUAGAGUCUUGCAUCACCCGUUGUUGUAUGCUGGUCAAGGUGUUAGAUACAGAAAGUUGGAAGUUAUCCUAACUACGACAAUUGACAAACUUGGCAAAGCUGGUGAAACAGUCAAAGUGGCUCCGGGUUAUUUUCGCAACCACCUGAUGCCCAAGUUGCUGGCUGUCCCAAAUAUAGACAAGUUCGCUCAUCUCAUCAGUGAGCAGCGCAAGAUUUACCAACCCAAGGAAGUUGAAGAGGUUAAAGUAGUUUCUAAGACUGAGGAAGAUAUUAUGAAAGAAUAUCAAACAGCGGCCAAAUACCUGGAUAGUGCCAAGUUGGUUUUGAGAAGGUUUAUCAAGGUUGACAACGAGUUGCGUGAUCCUGUGACUAAAGAUGAAAUUGUAGCUGAGGUGGCAAGACAGCUUCGUGUGCACAUUGAACCUGAAAACUUGCACCUACCAACACCUUUGUCAUCGUUGGGAGAAUUUGAGGUUCCACUACGCUUGCCAAAAUCAAUUCCUUUGCCUGAGGGAAAGAUUCAGUGGGGUCUUAAUGUUAAAAUCCGAAGAAAAUGAUGAAAGGCAUCUGAGGUAAAUGGGCUUCAUGAUCCCAAAUGCUUCUGUAUUGCAGUUUUGGCUUGAGAAUUGAAAACUAUUGUAGCAGCUGAGGCAUUGUUUUUGAACUGAAAUACAUUAUGGAUUUAUUACUCCCCUUAAAUCUUUCACACUUUUAAAAGACGAGUUUAUGCCUUGCUAUGUGAUAGUUUGGGAUCUGUUCCUUGGUUCAUUGUCAACUU